UAGGUUCUGUGUGCAGGAUGGCAACGCCUUCGUUACAUGGUAUUAUUUCAGUAAGGUCACUCUGGUGGAAAAUAAUUUACAGAAAAGAAUUGGUAAAGUAAACAAAAUAAGCUUUGAAAGUCAGCGGGCUCGAUCAACAAUGACAGAAACUAAUCCUUGUGAGAUGACUACCCUGAGGGAUGAGCCCCUCGCGGAAGAAGAAUCCGUAGCGCAAUCUCCACAAGAGGCUGUCCAGAGCAAUAGUUCCUCAAAUGCCGGCAACCUUUUGGAACCGGAAGAUGAGCACGAAGUAAAUUCCGUUGAUCGAGACGACUCCGCCAGUUUAUUUAGCACGACUACAACCACCACAAGGAGCAAAUCACCAAACACACGGAAAUUAAACCGCCUAUGCCGCAGGGUCAAAGCUCCAAAAAUGGUUCAACCGCUAUACAAGUACAGUUCCCAUGUCAGGGAAGACCACAACCAUCAGAUCUUUGGGGUUCAGUUCAAUCCGUUUCUGGACAGAAGUCAGCCUCAGGUCUUCGCCACCGUUGGCAAGGAUCGGGUGUCCAUAUACGAGUGCGAGAGGAACAACGGCGGUGAUGCCUGCGAAGGCAUCCGACUGCUACAAGUAUACGCAGAUCCAGAUACCGAUGAAAGUUUCUACACUUGCGCUUGGUCCUACGACUCUGUGUCUGGAGAUCCUGUAUUGGCCGCCGCUGGAUACCGCGGCGUCAUUCGCAUUUUUAAUCCCGUAAAGCACCAAUGCAGCAAAAACUACAUUGGACACGGGCAUGCGGUCAAUGAGCUCAAGUUUCAUCCGGUUAGGCCUCAGUUACUUCUGUCCGGCAGUAAGGACCAUUCGCUUCGGCUUUGGAACAUCCAGUCAGACGUGUGUGUAGCUGUGUUUGGUGGUGUCGAAGGACAUCGUGAUGAGGUUUUGUCCGUUGACUUUGAUUUGCGCGGAGAUCGCAUAAUGUCCAGUGGAAUGGAUCACUCUCUAAAGCUGUGGCGCCUGGACAAACCGGAUAUAAAAGAAGCCAUCGAGCUGAGCUCUGGGUUUAGCCCCAACAAAAACACGUCUCCAUUUCCCACCAUCAAAGAGCACUUUCCUGACUUCUCUACAAGAGAUAUACACAGAAACUAUGUGGAUUGCGUUCAGUGGUUCGGAGACUUUGUCUUCUCUAAGUCCUGCGAAAAUUCAAUUGUUUGCUGGAAGCCAGGUAAACUUUCAGCUCCUUGGCAUGAGAUCAAGCCCCAGGAAUCGGCUACCACUGUUCUGCAUCACUUCGACUAUAAGAUGUGCGAAAUUUGGUUUGUGCGCUUCGCAUUUAACGCCUGGCAAAAGAUUUUGGCUUUAGGAAACCAACAGGGUACCACAUUCGUCUGGGAAUUGGACUGCAACGAUCCGAAUUUGACCAAAUGCAGCCAGCUUGUUCACCCCAAGAGCACCUCCACCAUCCGGCAGACUUCAUUCUCUAAAGAUGGUUCCAUUUUGGUUUGCGUUUGUGAUGACAGCACUGUGUGGAGAUGGGAUCGAGUCAAUUAGAAUACUUAUCAGCUAUCAUAACAUAGUACGGUUACCUUUGAGAGGAAUUAGAAAUUAGAAAUCUUAAAAUAUGACGCAGAUCUUGAGUUUUGAGAAUUCACUUUAAAAUAUGUAUUUUAUAUUAUAUAUAAUUUUACCUCCUUGUGGUAUACAUAAAACAAUAGCUAUAAUGAAUUAUUUAUUUAUUUUAACAUUUGACAAUAUGUUAAAGCCAUUUCUCUUUAAUUUAUUAAAGCAAAAAGAAAUAUC